GAUGGUGUGAGCAGCUGGGGAAGUUACACACGGAGCUCAGAUCUACUGGAGUGAUUCACGUUUCUGCAGCUGGUUUUAUUAUGACAGAUCUGUGGAGCUGUGAGAAUUGCUCAGACAAGAAGAUUUGAUUAUCCUGACUUUUAAUCCCUCUUCAUCAUGGAUGUCCGUCUGCAGGGCAACACUCAGCUACACUACGGGGUCAACGGCGGCGCCAGUCGAAACUCUGGGCCUGGAGGAGACAGCACUCUGUCGUAUCUGAGCCGUGAGGAACAGGAGUGUCUGCAGUUCCUUGAGGAAACUAUCGAGUCUUUGGAGGAGAGUCUGGAUGAUGAGCAGCUAAGGCACGAGCAAAGAAGGCCCUAUGCACAGCACAGCAACCCUGUUGAUCAGAUUGAUGGACUUCCAAGCCUGACUACAAGCCGUGAGGUGUCAUCUCACGAUAUAAUUGACCUGGUCCAUCCAGACCCAGUCUUGGUGCAGACUAGAGAGGCAGCCUUCAGUCCUACCCGUACAGAUUUUCACCACAUACUACCAACACCUGAGGCAAAUCCAAGGCAUGACAGUUACCCUUCAGAGUAUAACCCACCUUUACGAAGUGGAAGCUUUGGUCCUACAGACUGUCAUUCCUCCUACCACCCUCCAGGCAGUGUCCCUACUCCAGCUUUGAUUGCCCAGAAGAUUGCAGAAAACCAGGGAGAUGGAACUUCAAACUUGCAUCCUUCCUCUUUACUCCGGCGCCUUAGCAUGGAGUCAGACAAAACACCAAGAGACAGAUCAAAUAUGUCUGUGCACCAUGGUCCUCCUACCUCAGUAAAGCCAACUCACUAUCCUCCAAACAUCAAUGUGAAUCACGGUGGAAAGGAACACCAAAGACCAGUGGUUAAUGUGAACCUUCACGAGCGGCAGGAGCAGAUGCUAGCAAACCUGGCAGGUACUUCUCACCCUCUUCUGCAGGAUAAUUCUCAUCAAGGUACAGAGCAGAACACUCAGAACAGUCCAGCCCGAAGUAUUUCCUUUAAAGACCCAGCACCGGAUAAAUCCAGGAUGGAGGCUCUGUCGAAGCUGGGCCUGACAAGGAGCAGAGCUGCAUCACUCCAGACAACACCCAAUCACUCCCCAUCAGAUCCAGACAGCAGACCUUCCAGCGCAGACCUUCCAAAACCAAACCUACCAAUACCACCUCCAACCACCUUUAAUGAUACAGAAAUCUUGCACGCACAUUCCUUUAAAAGCCACGAUGAAAGAAGCUCUCCGUUGAUCCCAUCAUCUCCAACAAUCUCCCAAAACACCUAUCCUCCCCCUCCUCCUGCUGAGGUCACCUCACCAGCAUUUAACAGCUUUGGAGGGAAAUCCAUUGUGGUCCAUCCCUCUUUACCGCAAAAGAAUGAACUUCCAACCUCUCCAACUAGCCCUGGACCUAAAAACCUUCAACUAACACCAUCGUCCCCCAUAGAGUUCAAUCCCUAUGGAGGCAAGUCCAAAGUCCUGACCCCUGCGACUGCACCUGUGGCCAGGACCAAUCUACCUGACAUCCUCAGCUCUCAUAUUGACACAAGGGAGCCACAACCCACUGACCCUAACAGGCAUGGAAGAAAGGGACGUAGUAUUGACCCUGUUUCUGGACUAUAUCGGACUAACGAAAGCCAGACUAAAAGUUUCAAACCUCCACCACCAGCCCCAGCACCUAGACCUCCUCGGCAGUCCUACCACGGCAUGCUUCCUUCUCAGAACGCACAUAAACCACCAUACAGGAGCCUGUCUCCCGAAUACAGGCGAAGGAACAGCUCCAUGUUCCGUCCUCAAGGUAUCACGGUACAGUUUUGUGGACGAGGGCCAAUGGACGAAUCACGCAGGGAGGCAUUAAGGAGACUGGGGCUGAUGAAAGACUCCUAAUCAACCGUUUACAGAUUUACCAUUCGGUCUCCACCGGUUGAACUGGAGUAUCUGCAUGUCUUUGCUAAUGCCAAUGGUAUGCAAAAAGUUUCCCUUAUUUUCCAAGUAUGAGGUGGGCCUGUAGGCAAACCGGCUUUUACAGAGGAAUGAAGCCGUGUACUGGACAGACCUGUACGGGCACUCCUCACCAUAGUCUUGAUCCACUGAGAGUACCUUUGAACACUCGACAUUGUUUUCUCAGAAGAAAUCUUGACUGGUUCAAGAUCUUCUUUCAAUUCUUAUCAAAGACACAGUGUAAAAAAAACCUCUGCAUGAAAUAUUGUGAGGGAAAAGGACAAAUCUAUGCAGGGAAGUCAAGAAUGAUUUAAUUUGCCUCGCCUCUUUUUUUCAUUAGCUAAAAGGAGGUUGAUUGUACACAUAUUAACAUGGGAGAAGGAAUUAGUUGUACAUUUUUCAAUCAUUUGUUUAAUGGGUUCUUUGUUGCUUUUAGACUUCCUAAAUCUGUUUGCGACCAUGAAUCCACUGUUUUCUACUGAGGCAUGCAAACUUCACACAAUUUUGUAGCUCCAUUUGCCUUGGACACCAUUUUUUUCCUUUUAUUCAACCAACUUAAACAUUUAACCAGCCUCAUUUUGGAAAAACUAGUGAAAUUGGCACAUUUUUGUGCUUAGAUGCAUUAGCGUUCCGCUAUUAGCAAUGCAAAAAGUACAGUGCCAACCCACUAAUGCACAUUUAAACACUAUAGCACCAUGUUCACAGACAGAGAAAACUCACUAUAAUGUGUAUGACCAAUUUAAUCUAAAAAAUAACUGAUGGAGGUGUAAAUAAAAUGAUAAUUAAUGUAGAUAUGACCAGAUAUUAUUAGCGAGGCGGCCAUAUUGGAUUCUAGAAUUUAGCCUAAAAUUCACCGUAACAUAGUUGAGGUUUCCAACUUUGAACUUGUAAGUUCAAACUUUAAUUCAUCCAGCCAGCUCAGUUAUGCUAACUUCUAUUAGCGAUUAGCAAUAUUAUCAAAUCAUUGACAAUUUACAGUUAUGCAUUAAAACAUUAUAGCAACAUGUUCAAUGACAGAAGUUGCACAAUGCAACGUAUGUGACAAAUGUAGAUAUACAAAAAAUGAUGGUGAAAAUAAAUAGAUCUGACCAGCCAUCAUUAGGCAGCCGGCAGCCAUAUUGGAUUUUAGAACUUAACUUUACAAAUUCAGCUUUCCCAGAACAUUCUAGUUAAUGUUUCCAACUUGAACUUCUAAAUUUAUUUCAUUCAUUCAGCUCGAUUACACUAAUUGUCAGCAAUAUUAGCAAUACAAUGACGAUCUGUAUUUAUAAAUGCAAACGUACCUACAACCUUUUAAAUAGAAAUACUACAGUACAGCAUUUUUUACGGAUUUAACAUAUCAUAUUGUAUUGGAUUGGAUUUUACAAUUUAUCUUUCCAAAUUCCCCAGCUGAUUCUUCCGAGUUAGAACUUGCAGAGCUACUAAAUAAAUGUAAAUUAUCCAUCCAGCUCUGGUUCUGCUUUAAAGUCGGAGCUGCAGAGUUGUUUUGAUCAUUGUAUGCCAACGAUAAAAGAAAUUACUUAAAAUAGUGCAAUAAUUCUCAACCUAUGUCAAAUUUAUAUACCUUCUAGCAAGUUUCAUCACAAUAAUACAAUUUUAACUUUCAAUUAAUCACUUUUUUUCCAAUCUACAGAACAUCCAAAAACCAUGUCUAAGUUUUAUAAAUUAUAAUUAGCACAAAGGAAUAAUGAUGCUUUUGAUAAAAUUGUGUAGAUGACAUCAAAAACCAGUUUAAGAACAAACACCAGCCCUGUAAGAUACAGAAUAUUGGCAUUAAAAUUAUUUUGGCAUCUAAUCAAGUAAAUCAUGUUAAUAUAGUUUGUAGAAUUGUAAUUAAAAAAAAAACUUUAAAAAUGUGGGUUACUUUUGGUAAUAUCCUCCAUUUUCAGGGACUAUUUUUAACAUUUAAACAUGACAAUAUGGAGCUUUGUCUUUUAGAUGUAUAUAUAGACAUAUGUCCUUUUCUGUUUAUGGGAACCUUUAUGAUUGUUUACCUGUACCUUUAUUGAGCAAUCUGGUUUUUUUUCUACCAAAGCUUGGGGAAAAUGACUUUUCUUUACUUUUGUUUUACCACCUGUAAAAUGACUGAAACCUACGCCUUGAGGAGGAGAAGCGAUAAGUGGAGAAUGCGAACAUGCAAAGUGAAAUGGUUCUGCAAAAAAAAAGAAAAAAGAAAGAAAAGUAACACAGAUAUGCAUUUUCUUUGGAGAAUGAGGAGCUGGAUGGUGUUUUUCCUCCAUGGACAAACCUCCCACACUAAGCCACAAAGUGCUAGAACGGGAAUGUGGGGAGGACUCGGACAUUUUUACCAUGUGGAAGGAGUACUUAAAAAAAAAA